AUGUACCUACUGACCGAGACACGUUGGAGCGAUCCACCGCUGCAAUCUGGAUUCGUUUUCAUGACGUGCAGCUAUGGCGCAGGGCUAAGCGCCGCACGCAGGGCAGUGCAACAUGGUUGUUGGCUAUAUUUAGGGUGGUUGCCAGUGGUGGACAUGCCAACCGAGGCGCCGUCGAUAGCGGUCGCGACCAACGUUAUGGUGCCCGUGCAGCUGGCGCAGUUGGCUCUCCAGCGGCGCAACAGCGAUGCGCUCGCUAAAAUAGACCACUUCCUCGAUUCGCUCGUGUCAACGUCGCCAUCGAACGCCGCGCUGGUGGACGUGGCGUCGCAAUCCCCACUGGCCAGCCCCGACAACCCAGCCGGAAGCCCCAAGAAGAAGCUCACGCUGGAUGGAGCGACUCACGUCGACAUGCACCACGAGCUUGGCAUUGACAUCCUCGUCAACGUGUUUUCGGAGUUUGAAGCGUCGGGCAUGACGGGGUAUUCAUCCAAGACGCAGCGAGACGAAGAGAAAAAACAGUUGUGGCUGCUGCGGCAAUCGCUGGCCAAGCAGCGCGCUGCCCCUGGCGCUGUGCAGUCUCCAUCCAAACACGACCUUCUCAAGGACCGAUACGGCGUCGGCAAACCGCUCCAUGGGACCGUGGGGUCGCCGCCGACGCGCCGCGCGCUCUUUUCCAAGCAAAAGCAGCCGAGUUCGUUCAACUUGGGAGUUCUCAUGGAAGUCGAGAUGGAGCAUCGAUUGAAGGAGCUCUUCGCGGUCGCUUCCGGCUACAACACAACGAUGAACACAGACCAAGUCCACAAGUUGAGCGGGUGCGUGGUCGAUACCAACCAAAGCCUGACGGUCGGUGGCACGCCCGUCGAGCCUGCCGAGCGGGCACAGCGCGUACGCCAUGCCGCACACGCCCUCCUCCACAAGGACGGCGACCUCACGUUUGGCAGCUUCAAAACCCGCUUCGUCCAGCUCAACCCUCGACGUAGCAUCGUGCACACGCAGCAAGUCGCGUGGGUCGACAGCAUCUACCAAGCCAUCGUGAAUCCAUCGUCGUGUCGGGCGCUGGCGACCAACGGCUCCAAGAGUCCACAGCGACCGCACGAACGACCCCCUGUCCAAUCCAUCGUCCCAAGGGCCGUCCCCAGCACGACGACGGUUCCAGCCGCCCAUUCGUCCCCUACGAAACCCGCUCCGACAUCGCCCAGGCCCUCGAAACAACACGUUGAUGCGGAAGAGGACAAGCAGUGGAUGGCCCACGCCGCGCGCGAGGUCGUCACGCCGAUGGUGGAUCCGUCAGUCCCUACUGCGCAAGACUCGGCCACCGGUCAGAAACUCUUGCAACACGACUUGUCCGGGGACGCCCUCGACGCACUCGGCCAGUCGAUCCAGCAGUCGUCGCCCGUCCGGCGACGAGCGAAGCGCGAUAGCGUUGACCUGUCCAAGGAAAUGGGCGCCAUGCCUCGGCGGAAGAAGCGCGACAGUGUCGACCUCACCCAUGCAAAGCGGGAAAAGGAGCGCCCGCCAGCCAUCGUGUACGACAACAAGGGACAGGCCCCCAACAUCCGCCAGAAGCUCCACGAGUGCAAAGUCAUGAUGUUGUCGCUGUCCAACCUAAAUUUUGGCAAAAAGUGA